GUUUUACGUAUUGACUAGUUGAAAAAAAGAAGUUAUUUGCUUGUUAAAUUAAAUUGGCUAAUUUGUUCAAUUGUUAACGUUACUGCACUAGGCUAAACGCUAAUGCUAACUAUCUAGCUUGCUAACAUCGCGACCAUGUGCUCACUAAGCUAUUCGGAGAAAGAAGCUCUAGGGCUGAACAUCAUCGUAAAAGAAGAAGAGGAAGAAGCUUUAAGAAUAAAAAAUGAAGAAGAGGAGACUGUCACAUUAGAAGAAGAAGAGGUGGAUAUUACAGUGAAAGAAGAGAAAGAACCUUUUGGAGUAAAAGAGGAAGAGGAGGCUUUCUCAAUUAAAGAGGAGGAUGAGGAGGAGACUGAAGAUCCUGUUAACACCAGAGACAGACAUGACUAUGGUGGAUCCUCUGGGGAGCCUCAACAACAUCCUGAUGCUGACGAGGCAGAGAAGAGUCUCUCCAGAUCAGAACACCAGAUGGACAACGCUAGCCCUUCCUCCCUCCCGGAGUCCCCGUGUCAUUCCUCUCCCAGUAGCACCUUACUGCGAGAGGAGAAGAAGAAGAAAGGAUCAGUUUUGACACAUCAAAGAGAAAGACCAGACUCUGAGGAACCAGAGGAAGAAAUGUCCAAACCAGCAAGACCAUACCACUGCUCCCAGUGUGCAAAGAGUUUUACCCAGUUAGGGGACCAUGAAAAGACAUGA